AUGGAAUAUAAAGAGAUGGAGAGGGCAUCGACACUUGUCUUUAAGUACAUUCUCCCAUCUCCUCCACCAGUCCCACUACUCCACUUUUGUCCAGGGAAACCAAGUGGGUUUUUAGAGAGAGAAAAACGAGUGACAGAUGCAAUUUCUUCAAUGGGGAAAGGAGAUUCUUCUUAUAACCAGGAGCAGCAGCAGAGGCAUGAUGAUGAUGAUGAUGAUGAGAGGAGAACCAGAAGAUUGUUCCUUUGUGAGAGAUGUUCGAUGGGACUUUCAAGAAUCACUUUUAAAUGUGUUCUCAUUUUGAUGUUGAGUUUGUGCCUUUUGGUCUCUGCUUUCUUUUGGAUCUUUCCUUUACAUUCUUCUCUACAUUCAGUUAGCGGGUUCGAUGCUAAAGAUGAAGUUAAACUCAGUGCUACAGUACAAGCGUACUUCAGACUUCUAAAGCCAGUGGUGCAGCUUGUUACACACAUUGCAAGAUUAGAAUAUGAUAUCAAUGAAGAAAUAGGCAUCCCAAACGCAAAGGUAGCUAUUCUAUCCAUGCACCAAUUAGCUUCUAAUUGGACUGAUGUGGUGUUUGGUUUUAUUCCUGAUCCAGUAAAUGUCCCAAUAAACAUGGUGUCCUUAAGUGUGCUGAGGUCGUCACUGAUUGAUCUGUUCAUUGAGCAAUCCAAUUUGACUGUGACUACAUUGAUUUUUGGGCAACCAUCUACAUUUGAAAUUUUUAGGUUUCCUGGGGGAAUCACUAUAGUACCGAUGCAAUAUGCUUCAAUCUGGCAGAUGCCCCAGAUUCUCUUUAAUUUUACUCUUAACAAUUCCAUAUCUGAAGUUCUGGACAAUUUCGGAGACUUAAAAGAUCAGUUGGAAUUUGGGUUGCACCUAAGGCAAUUUGAGACUGUGUAUGUGAAAAUAACAAAUGAGGAUGGUUCCACAAUAACUCCCCCAGUCACAGUUCAGGUUUCAGUCAUGUCGGAUCUGGGGACCCUUCAGCUACAGAGGUUGAAGCAGUUGGCUCAAAUAAUCACAGCUUCUCCUGUAAAAAAUCUUGGCCUCAACAACUCGGUCUUCGGCAAAGUAAAGAGUGUUGUUUUGUCAUCAUAUUUAAAGGAUACGCUUCAUGGAACUCCUCCUACUCCUUCACCAGCAAUUUCUCCAUCUCUCCCUCCAGCAAUUGCUCCAUUCGCUCCUGUAAAUUCCCCUGCACCUUCUGUGAUACCUGCUCUCCCUCCUCAGCCCUGUCCACAACAUGGUUCUGCAACUCUGCCAAGCAACUCUCCAUCUGGUUCUAACCAAACUCCUCGUUUACAUCCAGAGCCCCCAGAUGUGUCUCCUUUACCUGGAGUAUACUAUGGUUCUGGUCCAGGGAAAGGUCCAUUAUUGUCGCUUGCACCAUCCACAUUGGCUCCAAUGCCAUCAUCUCUAGCAGUAGAUCCUUUCUACAGGAAGAUCUGGCUAUUGGGCUUCUCCGGGCUCUUCAUUUUUAAUCUUCUUUGUUGGCCUCACUAACAAUACACUUCUCAUCAUGCAACUCAAGACAAUUUCCAAGGCUCAGUUGGUGUCUAUCGAUUCCCAAUUUUUUCUCUGGCGAGGAUGGUAGAAAUUCCAGUGGAAAGUUUACAAGUUUUCUUUCUCUUCAGGCAAUAGACAAAAAUGCAAAUGAGCUAAAAAGAUGGAAUGCAGGUCAAAGCCAUAAAGGUGGCAGGCCUCUCAUCCCCCACUUCUAGGAUUUGUGUUAUCCCAAGAAAUAUGGGAAGUUAAAGCCAUUCCCAAAGGGGAAGAUCCUCAGACUGUGAACAAUCAACAGAGAGUAAGCAACAUUGGUACAGACAUGAACAAGAAAGAUUCCCUGCAUCAGGCAAGUGUAACAUAUACAAUUUCCUUUUUGACUGCUUAGUUGUGCGGAAGCAAAAGAUGCAAUGUAGAAGCUAGUGUCAUAGAAUAUAUCCAUAGUUAAACUCAGUUUACGUUAUCAGUGAUGUAAAUCAGUCCUGAUAUAUAUAUAUAUAUAUAUAUAAUGUCAAGGUAAAAAAGAGGAGCUCAAACAAGGAGGAGAUUCCCCUUGGGUUCAAACUGUGAUCAACAUUGUAAACAUACGCACAAUAAUUGCAGCACUAGCCUUUCUUAUUCA